AUGGGUGGGUGUAGCAGCAAGGCGAGCUAUUUACCUGAGGAUAUUCUGGAACAAAUCCUGUGUAAGCUUCCUGAAAAACCUCUGGUCAGAUUCAAAUCUGUGUCCAAAGCAUGGCGCUCUUUGAUCUCUCAAAUCUGCCUCCGUUAUCCCCACAGAUCCGUGCUCGGACUCGUGCUCCGAACUCACAAAGUUCUUCGCCGGUGUGGCAGCAUGAUCGAGUACAUUGCCCGGACUUCGCGCCACCCUUGCCUCACCCAUUUUAUAUCGGACCACCUCCCGGAAAAGUGGUACACGAUGCGCGAGUCGAUUCCUGGUCACUACUUGUCUAUCCAGGAAAGAAAUGGGGGCCCAAAACUACUCGCGUGGGAAGAAUGCCUCGGCUUGUCAAAGCUUCCCUUCAAGCCCAGCCCAGAUGACCUGGUCUCGUGCUGCAAUGGGCUGCUCCUGUUCGUCGACAUUGAGACCUCCCAAUAUUACAUCUCCAACCCUAUGACCGGGCAGUGCGUGCCGAUCCCCCAGCCUGCAUGGGCCCAGGAGAGGCUCCUCUUCGCGGCCCUUGCGUUCGACCCAUCCCGAUCGUCCUCCUACACCGUGAUCCGGUUUGCGUGGCGCACGACCAAGCCGGACAUGGUUCUGGACAUAUACACCUCAGCCGACAAAAGCUGGUCGAGCCAUGAGCUGGAGCUGGACCCGUGCAUGACCAGACUCAACAUGAUGAGGCCCGCAACCUACUUCGAUGGGGCUAUGUUCCGGUUGUCGCUGACGUGGCACAUUGUGCGGUUCGAUUUUUCUCGGGAACUGGCGGGGGUCCGCGUGGCCCCUCUUCCGCUGUCGUACAAACAGUGCAAGGGGCUGAUGGGGUCCAUGGGGGUGCUGGCAAGCAAGCUGUGCUACUCGAACGAGUUUGAGGACGUGCUUCACGUGUGGUCGCUCAGGGAUUGUUCCCUUGAUGUCAAGAGCAGCUCGUGGGAAUUGAGGUAUAGGAUUGACAUAUAUGACUUGACUCGCGGCAUGGUCCUCAGUGGGGAGUGUUGGCCCCCCAUCUCUAAGUGGGUGGAGACAGUUGCUUUUCAUCCGAGUGCUAAUGUUUUGUACCUUGGGACUCCUCGUGUGAUCCUUACAUAUGAUUUGGAGAGCAACGUGCUGGAAGAACUGACUAGGAUCGAGAGGGACGGUUUUCUCCCUGGAUGUUACUGUGCUGCCUUGACUUGCGUUCGUUUUUCUGUCCCUUUUGAUGAAGCCGGAAAUAUUUGUGCUCCCAAUUGCUAG